CUGAAUGUUCAAUAAUUGAAUAUGAAAAGGUGUUCUCUCCUCUUUAAGUUAAAUCGGUGCUAAAAGUCUUUUAGAUUCUGAAAAUUGAAUCGAGGAAAGGGAAUAAUGGCGGAGAAUUCAACAGAAGGAGGCACCACCCUCUUUUCUCCUUACAAGAUGGCAAACUUCAACCUCUCUCAUAGGGUGGUGCUGGCGCCGAUGACGAGGUGCAGAGCUUUGAAGGGGAUUCCACAGGCUGCGCUUGCUGAGUACUAUGCUCAAAGAUCAACUCCAGGUGGAUUUCUCAUCAGUGAAGGCACCUUGAUCUCUCCCACUGCUCCUGGGUUUCCACAUGUACCUGGAAUAUAUUCCGAAGAACAAGUGGAUGCAUGGAGAAAUGUAGUGGAUGCUGUGCAUGCCAAAGGCAGCUUUAUUUUUUGUCAACUGUGGCAUGUUGGUCGUGCAUCUCAUCCUGUGUAUCAACCUGGUGGGGCUGCUCCCAUUUCUUCCACUAGCAAACCCAUAUCAGCUAGGUGGAGAAUUCUCUUGCCCGAUGGGUCCUAUGGCGCAUACCCAGAGCCUCGAGCACUUGCCGCUUCUGAGAUACCAGAAAUAGUGCAGCAUUAUCGGCAAUCAGCAAUUAAUGCAAUUCGAGCAGGUUUUGAUGGAAUCGAGAUUCAUGGGGCACACGGCUAUCUCAUUGAUCAAUUCUUAAAGGAUGGGAUCAAUGAUCGAACAGAUGAAUAUGGUGGAUCACUUGCAAAUCGAUGCAGGUUCUUAAUUCAGGUGGUUCAAGCUGUUGUUUCUGCUAUUGGAGCAGAAAGAGUGGCCGUGAGAAUUUCACCAGCAAUUGAUCACCUUGAUGCCGUUGACUCUGACCCACUUGGGCUAGGCUUAGCUGUGGUUGAGAGGCUCAACAAUCUCCAGAAAGAGCUGGGCAGAAAACUCACAUAUCUUCAUGUUACUCAACCUCGAUACACUGCUUAUGGCCAAACCGAGUCAGGCAGACCUGGCAGUGAGGAAGAGGAAGCUCAUAUGAUGCGGAGCUUGAGAAAAGCUUAUGAGGGAACAUUGAUGUGCAGUGGUGGAUUCACUAGGGAGUUAGGAAUGGAAGCUGUAGGUCAAGGAGAUGCUGACCUGGUAUCAUAUGGUCGUCUUUUCAUCUCCAAUCCAGACUUAGUCUUAAGGUUCAAGCUUAAUGCAGAUCUAACUAGGUAUAACAGGAAGACAUUUUACACACAGGAUCCUGUUAUAGGCUACACGGAUUACCCUUUCCUGAGCAAAGGAAGUGGGACUAAGGAGCCAAGGGCACGUCUUUGAUUGUAUUGUUUUUUGUGUUUUUGAAUUUUGAUACUGUCAUAUGUAUAAUUGGAGUCUCCAAAUCUUAAGUGAGUGCCUUAAUUAUGAAUACUUGCCUUGCCUGGUAUACUUUACCAAAAAAUAAUUCCUGAUACUUUUCCUCUAGGCUGCUGCUCUGUACUUGAUUGUGAAUUACUUUGUCAAUUUCCAUAAU